GAACGCCAUCGAUGAAGGCCUCUAUUUGGAGGAACCACGAGUCUGGCGCCUCUUGCGAGAAAUAGUUGAAGGCCUGAGUCACAUUCAUGGCCAGGGCAUAAUUCACCGUGACUUGAAGCCGGUCAAUAUUUUCAUCGACUGCGAUGAUCAUGUCAAAAUCGGUGAUUUCGGUUUAGCUACUUCGAAUAUUCUCCACAGUGCCUUGAAGCCAGGUGGCGAGCAAGGUGGCCUCCUGGUGGGCCUUGCUACAAAAUCGCCGGCCGUAAGUUCUUCAGCGCAUGCGCAGAUGGGCACAGCUCUGACGUCACACACGGGACAAGUGGGCACUGCGCUUUAUGUGGCUCCCGAACUCAACACGUUUGGAGUCAAGGCGUCCUAUGAUCAGAAAGUGGAUAUCUACAGUCUUGGAGUGAUUUUCUUCGAGAUGUGCUAUCAUCCAGUUAGCACAGCUAUGGAGAGAUUGAAAAUACUCACUGAUCUGAGACAGCCGGACUGUAUUUUCCCGUCAGAUUUCUUGGAAGAUAAAAAGCCUGAGCAAGCUCAUGUAGUCAGAUGGCUGUUGAACCACGACGCAUGUAGACGCCCGAGUUCACAGGAGUUGUUGCAGUCUCCGCUGAUACCUCCACCCCAACUGGAGGACGCCCAGCUGCAGGAGAUGGUCAGGCAUACACUGUCGAAUCCACAGAGCCGCGCAUACAAGCAUCUCAUCGCUGCUUGCUUCAGUCAGGAACUAUCGCCGGCGCAAGACGUGACCUUCGAUAUGUCGCCGAGUGUUCGCGGCGCGUCGCACGCGGCACAGAUCGAGUUGGUCGCCGAGAAUGUGCGCACUGUGCUCAAACAACAUGGCGCCGUGCACCUGCCCAUGCCUCUGUUGACACCGGCUGCAUCACACGCGGCGACUGGAGUCGUGCGACUCAUGUCGCGCUGGGGUGGCGUGCUGGCCGCGCCCUACGACCUGCGACAGGCGUUUGCGCGACACUUGGCGCAGAACGCGUUUGUCGCGCGACUCAAGCGGUAUGCGAUCGAUCGCGUCUACAGGGAGAGACGGGUGCUCGGGUUUCAUCCGAGGGAACUGUACGAGUGUGCCUUUGAUAUUGUCACGCCUUCUUCCGCGCCUGCGACAUUGGCGGCCGCCGAAGCGGAGUUGUUGUUUGCCGCUAGACAAAUAGUGGGUACUAGAUCCGGCAGUUGCUUCAUAAGACUGAACCACAUGUGCCUCGUCACAGCUGUGUUGCUCCACUGUGGCAUCGACUACUCGAGUCAUGAAAGAGUGUGUUCGCUCCUCGCCAAAACCAAGCUGCAGGAAGGAGGUAACAAUAGUCGCGCAUCGGCUGAGUCGGCACUAAUCGGCAGUGAUCUUGCUGAACAGACUGUGGCGAUGCUGAUCUCCCUGUUGACCAAGGAGGACUCCUACGAGCGGUUGUCUGCGUGGCUGCGUCCCCUCGUGCAGAAAAAGGCCAAGUCGGUCUGUCAGCAAGGACUGCUGCAUCUCAAACAGCUGAUUGAGUAUAUCGGGUUGCUGGGAGUUGAGUGGUCAGUGGUUGUAAGCCUGGGUUUGAUUCACGAGCUGCGAGACUAUUCGGGAGUUGUGUUCCAAGUGGUGUGGGAUCAGAGAGGCAAACAGGGGCGGACUGAGCGAUGUGUCAUCGCUGCCGGCGGACGGUAUGACUCCAUGAUACAUCGGCUCAGACAUUCGCUGCAACUAGGUGUUCCUCCCUCAGGCACAGAGCAACACGCGGCCGGCAUCAGUCUGUCGCUGGACAAGUUGGUGGCAGUGAUGACGUCAUCUGGCCAGGGUGACCAGUGUGGCCACACUCACAGGCAGACAGUGGCCGUGGUUGUGUGCGCGGUUGGCAACACUGGUGAGAGUUGUGCCAGCGGCUCAACGUGCUCAGAGAGCUGUGGGCGGCUGGGAUCAGCUGUUCUUCCAUCGAUGAAGCUGAGAACAACAACGAUGACAUGCAGAGCGUGUGCUUGGAGAUGGGAGCCUCAUUUGUGGUUUACUUGAAAGACGGAGGUUGUCGCAUAAGAAACCUUACAAGAGAUCUCAACAGGGAUAAGAGCCAACAAGAUGGCGGCUGGCUGUCAC